UUUGUUUCGAGCAAUCGUGCGUGCUCUGCUCUGCCGCCUCCUGGCGCUGGCGUCAGGCUCCUCCUCCCUGGCUUCCUCCUCCGCCACCUCGAACACCCCCAAAAUAAUUUCAGCAGCACGAGCGAAAAAAAACGAGAGGGGGGGGAGAGCAAACCCUAGCUGGCCGAAUUCCGCCGCGCGCAGCAUUGCCCUCCCGCGACUCGCGCGCCGGAGCUGGGGCGGGCGGCUGCGUGGCGCUCCCGAUCGCCGGCGAUCGUGUCGUCAGCCGGCGCUGGCGGGUGGGCGCUGGGGCGGCAGCGAUACCGGGCAGCACGGGGCCCGAUCAUCGCUGGCGCCGCCGCCGCGGUCUGGCUGGCUGGCCGCGGGCAAACGUGCUGUCGGCUGGUCCCGGGCGUCGCGGAGCAAGUGGACCCGGGGGCAGGCCGCCGGAGACGGCGGCGACGGCGACGGCGGACGGAAGCGCAAGGGGAUGGCGCUGUUCCGGAGGCUCUUCUACCGGAAGCCGCCGGAUCGGCUCCUCGAGAUCGCCGACCGCGUCUACGUAUUCGAUUGUUGCUUCUCGACAGAAACCAUGGACCAAUACAGAUACAAGAAUUAUCUGGACAGCAUUAUUUUGCAGCUCCGUGAACAGUUUGCAGAUUCUUCAUUGAUGGUACUCAACUUUAGAGAUGAAGGAAAAAGUCUUAUUUCAGGCAUUUUCUCCAAGUACAAUAUUACAGUCAAAGACUACCCUUGCAAGUAUCUAGGAUGCCCAUUACUUCCUUUGGAUAUCAUUCUCCACUUCCUGGGGCUGAGUGAAAGGUGGCUUAUGCUUGAAGGGCAGCAAAAUAUUCUGCUAAUGCACUGUGAGAAAGAUGGAUGGCCAGUGUUGGCUUUUAUGCUUGCAGGUCUUCUUCUGUACAGGAAACAAUAUAAUGGGGAGCAAAGAACUCUAGAUAUGGUGUAUAAGCAAGCCCCUAAGGAGCUUCUUCAGAUGCUAACCACAUUGAAUCCACAACCGUCACAUCUUCGAUAUCUUGGGUACAUAUGCAGAAUGGAUGAUGACAUAGGGUGGCCUACACAACCUAUUCCUUUCACCUUGGAUUGUGUAAUUCUUAGAGAAAUUCCAAAUGUUGAUGGAGUCGGUGGCUGUCGGCCAAUUGUUCGAGUAUAUGGGCAGGAUAUUCCAACAACUGACAGAAAUCAUGGUGUUGUUUCACCACCAUCAAAGGCCAAGAAAAAUAUUAGGCGUUACAGACAGGCAGAUAAUGCGCCACUGAAGUUAAAUGUUGGAUCCUUCGUCCAAGGUGAUGUUGUCCUUGAAUGUCUGCAUGUAGAUGAUGGCCGAGGAAAUGAAAGGUUAAUGUUUAGGGUGAUGUUCAAUACCUUUUUCAUCCAGUCUCACAUUUUACUGUUGAACUUUGAGGACAUCGAUGUCCCUUGGGAUGCCGAUCACCAGUUCACAAAGAACUUCAAAGCAGAGGUACUCUUUUCAGAGUUGGAUGCUGAGUCUGAUGCAUCCACUGAAGUAGCACCUGAUUAUGAUUAUGAUGAUGAUGAUGAUAUGGAUGUUGCCUCUGCUGAUGAGUUCUUUGAAGCAGAAGAACUCUUCAGUAAUGCUGAUUCCCAAGAAGGAAAUAAGGAUGCUGAUACUCUUUCUAUAGCAUCUACAGAUUAUACUUCAACUCCAAGCGCCGAACGUUGGAGAAACUCACCGUUUUCCAACUUUGAGCCGAAUAUUGGCAUUGAUGGAUCACGAGACAAUAAAGUCGAUAACUUGGGCUUGUUAGAAACAGUAAACGAUGGAAAGACAUGCACAUCCACUGAAGCCAAUACUAUGCUCAACAAUGAAACUGCAGUUGUUAAGUCAACUUUGGCAGCUACAAUAGAUGGAGACGCAGAUAGUGGUAUUUCAAAGUCUACUUAUAAAGUGGAUGAUUACAUGUUUGAAAAGGGUAGUUCCAAGCAGGAUACAAGGAUGGGUUCCAAUCAAGAUUUGGGUCAGAUUGAUAAUGUGUUGGUUAAGGAGGUGAUUAUAUUAGAAACUAAUAGUCCUAAGGACAUACAGAUGAUCAAAGAGGUCAUCAUAUCUGAAGUUACAACUCUCAAACAGGUAGUAGACGGGAGUAUGAUGGAAACUGAAUUAGAUGAGACAGUCCAUGAUUCAGAAAGCAUUGCAUUGGCAGAAACUGAGGAUACAAAACAACUUAAUAUUUUUUGCAAACAGGAUGAGGGACACAGUGUGCAAGAUGAAUAUGCUGCUUAUGACAAUGGCAUAGUGAUUGAACAAGAAGAAAGCAGCAACGAAGAAAACCUUACCAUCAGAGACACAAAUUCAGAAGUGACUGAGCCCACAGAUGAGAAUAAUGGGUUUGAACUUUCAUUAUCAGGAAUACCAUAUCUUCACUGUUCAAGCACUUCUUCGGGGCUAAGUUCUGCCAAGAAAAAUAUCGAUCAGCUUCAUGCUUGCAGUAGUAAUGGCACUGCAGAACAAGGGGCGGGAAUUGACUCCAGGAGCCACUCUUCUAAUAUGUCUUGUGUGAACAUUCUACCAGAAGAAUCUAGCUUGACAAUAAACCAUGCUUCAACUUCCAUGAAUGCAAAUACAGAUACAACAGAUUCAUCUCGAUUGGUGCUAAAGAAAAAACCUUUUCAACCAUUGUUGACAUCUAGUCUUUUUGCUCCAUCAUCUCCCAGGCGCAAUCUGCUUCGUGGUGCAUCCACAGAUUUGUCGUUUUUUUCUCCAUCACAAACAGAAUCUAAACAGAACUCUGUUACUUCUACAAGUGGAAGGGAUGAUCCAGCUAUAUCUUCUGUGCUUCCACCAUCUCAUCUCUACAUACCCCUGAGAUCAUCACCCAAAAUUUCUCUAGUACAUCCUCCUCUACGACCAAUAAGAACAGUUUCAUCUCUACCUUCAUUAUCAUUUGAUGAAUACAUAGAUAUGUCAAUGUAUUCUUCACGAUCGUCCAAACAUGAAGAGCAUGUUAAACCUCCCCUAAUACCACCACAUCAAUAUCUUCACCCAUCAAUGACAGAGGAAAAGUAUCUACAUUCAGGUAGUCUAACUUUGCUUGCUUCUAACAAAUAUGCCCCUCAACCCCCAUACCCACCUCCACUGCCACCUCCACAUGAUUCUUGCACCCAAAAUUGUUCGAGCACCCUAAUAUCUGAACAUGAACAAAUAAGAGCUGAUGGGUCUUGUUCCUUUAGUCCAGGUUGUAGACAAACUGUUCUCCACUUAGAUGAUUCCUCAGUAACUUCACCCUCUAAAGGUAGUAUAGCUGCAGCAGAAAGUUCCUUAGGAAUCUCUGAUUUCAUAGAUGAGGAAGUAACAAGUAGACCUAAUAUAGUAACUGGCAUGGAUUUCCCAAUUACUAAUGAAGAUCCAAAUUCUCUGUUGCACAUGUUGACUUGUUCUUCACCUCCCAAAACAUUACAACAUGGUGAACCACCACUGCCGCUGCCACCUUUUCCUCCAGUAACACCACCACCAGAAUUACCAGUGCCAACUAUAUGCAGUGAUAGUGGAUCAGUUCCACUGGUACACUCAAAUCCAUCUUCAGAUUGUCCAUAUAAAGAAGCAGCAAUGCUACCAGAACACAAAUCUGCUGUUCCACCUACUCUCGAAGGACAUGAAGCAAGUGAAGUUCAAUUGCUGCAAUCUGAUAUUACUGUUGAAUUAUCUUCAUCAAAACAUUCUGAGUAUACAGUUCAGCAUGUGUUUGGAAGCACUGAAGAUACAAUUUCAAAUAUCUCAUCCUCUAUACCUGCAGCACCUCCGUACCCAAUAUUUCAUAUUGUAACAUAUAAUUCCUCAGGUUCAAUAUCUGCAGAGCAAGUAAAUUGCGAGCAGGCUUUAGAUCAAACAGCAUUACCCAUUCAUUUGAGGCCAUUCAAGGUGGAGAUAUCACAAAGUGAGACAACCAAUGGACUCUUGGCCUCUAAAACCGAUGAUAAAGAACAUGGAGGCCUUCCAAUCCCAUCAUUGCCACAAAAUUUGCCCCAGCCUAGAGAACAUAUGAAACCUCCAUCUCCACCUCCUCCUCCACCACGACCACCACCUUGUCAUGCAACACUUGUACCUUCUUUGUGUUUAUCUUCAAAUCCACCUUCUCUAAGAGAACUUUAUGAAAAUCAACCUUCUACUUCCCCUCCACCUUUUCCUAGAGAAUCAUUUGUUGCUCUACCUCCACCUCCAGCUCCACACCCUAAUCAUCUAUCUCUUCCUGGAAAACAUAUUAAGCCAUCUCCACCUCCUCCACCUCCUCCACCUAGAGAAAAUGAAGCAUUUUGUCCUUCGACUCUACUUUCACCUACAAGACAUGUUAUACCUCCUCCACCAACUUUACAUCAUAUUGCACCCACAUCUCCAUGCUUGUAUCAACCUUCUUUCCCUAUUGAUAUAGAAAUCCAACCUACCUUUUCAGAGGAUAUUGUAAUAGUUUCACCUUCACAUUCAACGGAGGUUAAUAUAGUUCCAUUGCCACCACCACCUCCUCGUAGAAUGAGUGAAAUUUUGUCUCAACCUCUUGAGGGUGGACAAUCAGCACUGCCAGCUUCUCUUCUUGAAGUUACUAAAGAAAUCCCACCUCCUCCUCCCCUUCCCCCUAAAGUACAAAGGAGAUCUCCAUUGUCUACUCUUUGUGGUGGAAUUGUGAAUAUUCCAUUACCUCCACCUCCACCUCCACCUCCACUUCCUGGAGGACAUGGAGAAGUUCCACUAUCAACUCCUAAAGGAUCUGGGGCCAUCCCACCUCCACCACCCUUUACUAAAGGGCUAGGAGGAAUUACAUUGGCAAUUCAAUUUCAUAGUGGAGACUUUUCACUCCUCGAACCUACCAGAGAAUCAGAAAGUACUUCACGCUUGCCACCACCACCACUAUCUUCCAAUGGACAUAUAGGAGAUCCACCACCGCCGCCGCCACCACCACCAACUAUGAGUGUAUUUGUAGAGGCUUCCAUCCCGCUGCCACCUCAAACAGGAUGCAGAGAGGCUCCACCACCACCGCCACCAUCUCCUGGAGGACAUGUAGAGUUUCCACCGCCACCUCCAGGGGAAUGUGCAUUAGCUCUGCCACAUCCCAAAGCAAGUGUAGGGGCUCCACCACCACCGCCUCCUCCUGGAGGACAUGUAGAGUCUCCACCACCACCGCCACCUCCAGGGGAAUGUGCAUUAGCUCUGCCACAUCCCAAAGCAAGUGUAGGGGCUCCACCACCACCGCCUCCUCCUGGAGGACAUGUAGAGUCUCCACCACCACCGCCACCUCCAGGGGAAUGUGCAUUAGCUCUGCCACAUCCCAGAGCAAGUGUAGGGGCUCCACCACCACCGCCUCCUCCUGGAGGACAUGUAGAGUCUCCACCGCCACCGCCACCUCCAGGGGAAUGUGCAUUAGCUCUGCCACAUCCCAAAGCAAGUGUAGGGGCUCCACCACCACCGCCUCCUCCUGGAGGACAUGUAGAGUCUCCACCGCCACCUCCACCUCCAGGGGAAUGUGCAUUAGCUCUGCCACAUCCCAAAGCAAGUGUAGGGGCUCCACCACCACCGCCACCUCCCGGAGGAUAUGUAGGAGCUCCACCGCCACCGCCACCUCCAGGGGAAUGUGCAUUAGCUCUGCCACAUCCCAAAGCAAGUGUAGGGGCUCCACCACCACCGCCACCUCCCGGAGGAUAUGUAGGAGCUCCAUCGCCACCGCCACCUCCUGGAGGAUACAUAGGAGCUCCACCACCGCUUCCAUAUGGAGGAAUUGGAGGUGUUCCUCCUCCUCCACCACCCUUUGGAGGACUAGGAGGAACUCCACCGCCUCCACCUCCAGCAGGGUUUCGAGGUGGAGCUCCAGCACCUCCUCCUCCUCCUGGAGGUCAUGGAGGUCCGCCACCUCCUCCUCCUAGAGGACAUGGAGGAGUAGGUGGUCCCCCUCCCCCUCCUGGUGCACCAUCUCCUCCAAUGCCUCCUGGAAUGCCUGGUGGCCCUCCUCCUCCUCCAGGUGGAAGAGGAAUGCCUGCUCCACCUGGCGGAAGAGGACAUGGCCUUGCUCGCUCGUUAGGCCCGACAUUACAAAGUGCAGUACGAAGAUCAUCUCUAAAACCACUACAUUGGGUCAAAGUAACAAGGGCAAUGCAAGGAAGCUUGUGGGCAGAGCUACAAAAACAAGUGGACGCUAAUAGUCGUGCUGAAUUCGAUGUAAAUGAAUUGGAAUCUCUAUUUACCAUUGCUCCAAAGACAAAAGCUGGCCCCAAAUCAGAAGGCCGUGGAAAAUCUCUUGGGACAAAAUCUGAUAAAGUUCAACUGAUUGAUCUAAGACGGGCCAAUAACACAGAGAUCAUGUUGACAAAAAUCAAAAUGCCGCUCCCUGAUAUGAUGAGUGCUGCUCUAGCUUUGGAUGAUUCAGUUCUGGAUGCUGAUCAAAUUGAAAAUCUCAUUAAAUUUUGCCCAACAAAAGAGGAGAUGGAACUUCUAAAGAACUACAGUGGGGACAAGGAAGCUCUUGGAAAGUGUGAGCAUUUCUUUCUAGAGUUGAUGAAGGUGCCGAGGGUUGAAUCUAAGCUUCAGAUAUUCGCUUUCAAGAUUCAGUUUCAGUCUCAGAUUAGAGAUGUUAGAAAGAAUUUGCAGACUGUGUCAUCUGCUUGUGAGGAGCUCAGAAGCUCUGAGAAGUUGAAGGUUAUCAUGAAGAACAUUUUGUUAAUUGGGAAUACAUUAAAUCAAGGCACACCAAGAGGCCAAGCUGUUGGUUUUCGCUUGGACAGCCUCCUAAAACUUAUAGACACCCGUGCCACUAGUGGCAGAAUGACAUUAAUGCACUUUCUAUGUAAGUCCCUUGCAGAGAAGUCACCGGAAGUAAUGGAUUUUCAUGAGGAACUUGUCAACUUGGAAGCUUCUUCAAAGUUGCAACUGAAAGCAUUGGCGGACGAGCAGCUGGCAGUCGUAAAGGGGCUGGAGAAAGUUGAACAGGAGCUAACUGCUUCAGAAAGUGAUGGUCCAGUUUCUGAUGUUUUCCGUAAGACUUUAAAGGAGUUCAUUGAUUGUUCCAGUGCUGAUGUACGCUCCCUAUCAGCAUUCUAUUCUGAAGUAGGUAAAAGCGCAGAUGGACUUGCUGUUUAUUUUGGAGAAGACCCUGCAAAAUUUCCUUUUGAGCAAGUUGCUACAACCCUUCUGACCUUUGUGGGGUUGUUCCGGAAAGCUCAUGACGAGAACCUCAAGCAAAUUGAGGCUGAAAAGAAGAAAGCCCAGAAAGAAGCUGAAAAGGAGGCAAACCAGGACAAAACUCCUGUAAAAUCAAAAAAUGGGAAUGCAGAUAAAUCGCCAAGAUCACCAUCAACCUUCUAAUGAUGUACGGCAGAACUUCACAUGGUCAUCAUUUCUUCCUCAACGAAUGCCCGCCUUUGCUGGCCUGGGCACAAUUUCGCAAGCAUGAACAGUAUACAAAUCCAUAAAUUCCUUGUGGACAAAUGCUUACAAGACAAGAUGGUUUUGGUUCAACAUCUAUGCAUGUAUCUCAUGACACUGUACAAAGCUCACACCCCACACAAAAAACUAGGUUCUUCUGUACAAAAUCCAUACUAGAUCCCCCCCCUUCUGUCUAUACUAGCAGCAGGAGUAGGUCAAUGUUUGUAAAGUACAAAUAGGAGUGUAGGUAGUGAUCAGUAGCAGGUCAGAAGCAGGAUUAGUGCUACCACAGGCAGGUUCCUAAGCAGAUAAAGAUGAGUAUCAUAGCCAUGUCCUUUGACUCCUUGACUAGAGCAAUUGUGAGCUUCAGUGUUUCGCCUCAUUAUUGUCAAGAGAAAAAAGUGGCCACCUGUUGCUUAUUUGCAUUGUGUUGCAUUCUCCUCCAACAAUCGAUGUGGUUUUUCAUGGCACAAGUUUCUGGCGUAGAAAAUUUGAAAACUGUUCCACUAGGACUGCAACCAUGUGACUCCAUACAUGGGGAUCAUCUCAACAUCUGAUGAUGCUUAGAAUCAGAAAUGGAAAGGAAGAGAGGGUUUUCUUCAAACUCCAUUUGCUAUCACAUCUGUUGUGCCUUACAUUGAACUCAUCCAAAUCUAGAGGACAACAACACUAGCAACAAAAUGAA